AUGGCGGAGUCACUCGCUACUGCUAUGGAGCAGCUGAGGCUGACAGCCCAGGAUGUGAAUCCAGAUUUGAUCCAAUCUCGACUGGAGACUCCGCUCGCUGAGCCAGACAAAAACACACAAGCCAGUACCAGACCUCGCAAGCAGGCGGCCAAGAGUGGAAGUGAGCUAUUGGCAGAGUUGGAGGCUGAGUUCUUGACACCGUCUUCCAAGUUCAGCUCCAAUUGGCUCAAUCAGUUGCAGAAGCGAUGGGACGUACCUGCAGAUACCACGGACCUCUUCGAGAUAGCCCCGACACAGACACGAACGGUCACUCGAUUUACACGAGAAGGAUUGGAAGGACGGGUGACAGGCUACCAUGAAGUGACGAUUCCCGCAACGAGUGAUACCGCCAAGAACUCGACUUCUCUCCUCCGUCGUCCUGCUGGUCGUGCAGAAUUCGUUAGGGGUGCGGCCGGAUUCUUCCCGUUCGCACCUGGUGGCUUGGAUGCGGUCGAGGCUCUCGCUGAAAUGGAGGCUGAUGCCAUGACUACGGAGCAAUCACGCACUCACGGAAAGAAAGCUGGCCUCGAUCGAAUUAUCAACUUUGGAUCCGAGGGCGGUCUCUUGACAACCCCUCCUGGCUUUGAGCGUGGUCACACAUUUGCGGAGGCAAAGUCCAAGGAGGCUGCAGAGGGCGAUGAGGAAGUCGAGCAUGCUCUUCUUCAAGAGGAAAGCAAUCUCGAAAUUGAAAAGCCUGAAACUACGCCCGAGGCCGAUGAAACCGCCGAUGGUGGUGCUGAAGAUGAACUCAGUGACUCGGAAGAAGAGGACAUCGAUGCUCUAUUGCCAGUUGAAUUCCCAGCCCUCGAACCGCGCAAUCAACUCCUUGCAGGCAUUCAAAAGCAGAAAGGAAGGGAGUGGGCCCAUGUCGUCGAUGUGAACAAGGAAAUUACCAACUUCAGCGAUCUGGUUCCGGAUAUGGCCAGAGAAUGGCCAUUCGAGCUGGACACCUUCCAGAAAGAAGCUGUGUAUCAUCUUGAGAAUGGCGACUCAGUAUUUGUGGCUGCUCACACCUCCGCUGGCAAGACAGUCGUGGCUGAAUAUGCCAUCGCGCUGGCAAAUAAACACAUGACAAAGGCCAUCUACACCUCUCCCAUCAAAGCACUGAGCAAUCAGAAAUAUCGUGAUUUCAGAACAACGUUCGAUGAUGUCGGUAUUCUCACGGGUGAUGUCCAAAUCAACCCCGAGGCCAGCUGUGUGAUUAUGACCACCGAGAUUCUUCGAAGUAUGCUGUACCGAGGCGCCGAUCUCAUCCGUGAUGUUGAAUUUGUCAUCUUUGACGAGGUGCAUUAUGUCAAUGAUCUCGAAAGAGGAGUGGUCUGGGAGGAAGUUAUCAUCAUGCUUCCGGAGCAUGUCACCCUCAUUCUUCUCUCCGCCACUGUUCCCAACACCUACGAGUUCGCGUCCUGGGUUGGUCGCACGAAGAAGAAGGAUAUCUACGUGAUUUCAACGCCCAAGCGGCCCGUGCCAUUGGAGCACUAUCUGUGGGCUGGCAAGGAAAAGUUCAAGAUUGUCGACUCCAACAAGCGAUUCAUUGAAGGGGGUUGGAAGAAGGCAAACGAUGUCCUGUCGGGCAAAGAUGUUAGAGCCAAAAAGGAAGCUGAAGCUCAGGCUCAGGCUCAGGCUCAACGCGGUGGACCCCAAGGACGAGGGCGCGGACGCGGACAGGAUGGAGGCAGAGGAGCCCCUCGAGGCGGACAACGUGGAGGUGGAGGAAGAGGGCAAGGAGGUGGGCGUGGACAACCUUCUAAUCGUGGCACGGGUAACAUCGCUCGUACUGGCCGUGGAGGUGGUCGGCAAUCCGCUGCCCAGGAUAAGAAUACUUGGGUCCACCUCGUGUCACACCUUCGCAAGGAAGAUCUGCUUCCAGGCUGUGUUUUCGUCUUUUCAAAGAAACGAUGUGAGGAGAAUGCGGACUCUCUCAGCAACCAAGACUUCUGUAACGCGACAGAAAAGAGCUUGAUCCACAUGAUGAUCGAGAAGUCGCUCACCCGCCUCAAGCCGGAGGACCGAACCCUACCUCAAAUCCUCCGGUUGCGCGAACUGCUCAGCAGAGGUGUUGCCGUGCACCACGGAGGUCUUCUUCCAAUCAUGAAGGAGAUUGUCGAAAUUCUCUUUGCAAAAUCCUUAGUCAAGGUUCUCUUUGCCACGGAGACGUUCGCCAUGGGUCUGAAUUUGCCAACCCGAACAGUGGUUUUCUCCGGAUUCCGCAAGCACGACGGGAAAGGCUUCCGAGACCUGCUGCCUGGAGAGUACACUCAGAUGGCAGGACGUGCCGGACGCAGAGGUCUCGACACUGUGGGCUAUGUGCUCAUCACGAAUAGUGGCAAGGAAGAGGCUCCGCCCGCCGGGGCUUUGAAGAAGAUGAUUCUCGGCGAUCCAACCAAGCUCCGAUCCCAAUUCCGACUCACCUACAACAUGAUUCUCAACCUUCUCCGAGUAGAGGCUCUUAAGAUCGAAGAGAUGAUCAAGAGGAGUUUCAGUGAGAAUGCCACUCAAGCCCUGCUACCGGAACAUGAAAAACAAGUCCAGCUCUCCGAGGCCAGCUUGGAGAAGAUCAAGCGGCCGCCUUGUGAGAUCUGCGACGUUGAUCUUGCUGCCUGCCACGCGGCUGCAAUGGAGUACGAGAGACUCACUGCAGAGUUACACAGCGGUCUGCCCACAACUCCCGCUGGUAAACGACUCUUUGAAGUUAAGAAGCUCGUUGUGUAUCGAAAGGAUGGAUUACGCACUGCUGGAGUAAUCACCAAAGAGGGUGUCACCACUGGCACCAUGCCUUGCAUCACUGUACUUGAAAUUGGCACCGUCUACAACCGGCGUCAUCCCAGUGAUAUUCUUCCAUUCCUUCCCAAGUUCCGUCCCUAUUUCCAGGAAUUGCCAUCCAACGGCGCCUCUAUGCACCUCAAGAUUUGCAAGAUCCCGGUGUCGGACGUUGAAUGUAUCACUACCACAAGAUGCAAGGCUGGUGGACCAAUUUGGUAUUUGAACAUUAAGAAAGAAGCGGUAAAGUUUGCAGAGAAAGAGCUAACCAAAUUCACUUCAUCCUGGCUUAGUGAUCGAUGGAACGAGAUUGAUUGGGUCCGCAUCAAGGAGUUGCAGUCGCGGGACAUCAUCGAUCAGCGGAAGGCUCAGGCGCAGUUCAUCCAGUCGUGCCACUGCCUGCGAUGCCCCAAAUUUAUGGACCACUUCGAAAUGCAACAUGACGAAUGGCAAGUGAAGGAAAACAUCUCGCAAUUGAAGCAGUUGAUGUCAGAUCAAAACCUCCAACUCCUUCCGGACUAUGAACAGCGUAUUCAAGUCUUGCGAGACCUCGGCUUUGUGGACGACCAGUCCCGUGUGCAAUUGAAGGGCAAGGUGGCUUGCGAAAUCCAUUCCGCCGACGAACUGGUCUUGACGGAGCUGGUCCUUGAGAACGUUCUCGCCGAAUACGAGCCGGAAGAAAUCGUUGCGCUUCUUUCGGCAUUCGUGUUCCAGGAGAAGACUGAUAGUACUCCAACCCUCACCCCUCGAUUGCAAAAGGGCCAGGAAGCCAUUAUUCGCAUUUCGGAGAAGGUCAACAACUAUCAGGUCUUGCACCAAGUCAUUCAGUCUAGCGAAGACUCCAAUGAUUUUGCCAGCUCGCCUCGAUUCGGUCUUGCUGAGGUGGUCUACGAGUGGGCCAAGGGCAUGUCUUUCAACCGCAUUACCGAUCUCACUGAUGUGAUGGAGGGUACCAUUGUCCGAACGAUUACUCGGCUGGAUGAAACUUGUCGCGAGGUCAAGAAUGCGGCCAAACUGGUUGGCGAUCCAUCGCUGUAUACCAAGAUGCAGCAAGCGCAGGAGCUGAUCAAGCGCGAUGUUAUUUUCGCAGCCUCCCUCUACAUGUAG